CCAUCAGGAGCCUCCGGUUCUGUGGACAACGCAUGUGAGGUUGUUGUCACUGCACGAUCUGUAACCGAAACAUCUUGUUUUCAAUAAACCCGACGACUUCUCACUUAGCGGGAGUAAAUAAAGCUUUCACCUGCGGAGACUUCCUGCCGCCAUCAUGGCUAAGGCUCGGUCCAAGAAGCGCCGGCCAACGUUCCGCCGCCUGCUGAAGACGAGCGGCGUGAAGCUGGACAACAAGCUGAAGAACCGUCAGCUGAAGCAGGAGAACGUGGCCAAGAAGCAGCGCAAGGAACAGAAGAGGCUGCGGCAGGCAAUGAAGGGUGCCGCCCUGCAGUCGCCCCGCCCCCUGGAGACGUACAGGAAGAGGCCAGAGGAAGAGGAGGAGGACGAAGACUUCCUGGAGAAUCUGCCCACAGACAUGGAGGAAGAUGACCUGCAGAGGAUGACCACCAUGGCUCGACAAGCCUCCUUCAUCACCAGAGACCUGUCGUCAUGUGGGCCGGUGCACAGCGGUAAGAGGCGGAGCUCUGAUGUGGUUCGCAGCUAUGAGAAGGUUCCGAGGAAGAUGGCGAGGAUGGAGGAGAAGGAGGUGAUCCAUCUGCUGCCGAUCAAAGACAAGAGCGGUGUGAUCCCACAGAGCAUGGAGCGAGUGGUUGAAGAGCAGCCUGAGGAGGACGAGGAGGAGGAAGAUGCUGCAGAGACUCCAGACCAGGAGGAACAUGAGGAGGCGCUGCAGAGCUACGUGGAGCUGACGUCGGAGCAGAGGGAGCAGCUGAGAGUCAUCAAGUUAACGGAGAGGAAGAGACGCAUCGCCAACCUGGGAUCAACCAUCAUCUCAGACCCCAUCAGCAGCAUGAAGUGUGUGAAGGAGCUGCGCGGGAUGCUGAUGGAGGUGGAUCCCAGCGUGGCGGUCUCUGUCAGGAAGCUGGUGAUGGUUUCUCUGAUGGAGAUCUUCAAGGACAUUGCCCCCACCUACAGAAUACGACCUCUGACCCCUGCGGAGAAGAGCGCCAAGGUGAAGAAGGAGACGAAUCAGCUCAGAGAGUUCGAGGAAGGUUUGGUGAGUCAAUACAAGUUCUUCUUGGAGGACCUGGAGCAGAUCAUUAAAGACUGGAAGCAGAAGAAGAAGAAGCGCAGCCAGGCAGUGGGUUUCCAGGCGUACCGCGGCCUCGCCCAGGUGGCCGUGCGCUGCCUGUGUGAGCUGCUGCUCGCUCUGCCGCACUUCAACUUCCACAACAACAUCAUCGUCAUCCUCGUCCCGCUGAUGACCGAGCCUGCGAAGAAGGUAUCGGACAUGUGCUGCGAUGCGAUCAGGAAGCUCUUCCAUCAGGACAAAGUGGGCGGAGUCUCUCUGGCUGCUGUACGAGUCAUCUCUGGUCUCGUAAAGAGUCUGAACUACAACGUCAGACCCGAGGUGCUGCAGACUUUCCUCAGUCUGAGGAUCAAGGAGGUGGAGAUGAAGAAGGACCUGGAGUCCACGGCACCAAACAAGAAGUUCAUGACAAACAAAGAGAAGAAGAAGAACUUGUCCAGGAUGCAGAGGAAGUGGAAGAAGGCGGAGGAGAAGCUGGAGAAGGAGCUGUUGGAGGCUGAAGCUUCAGAGAGCAAAGACAAGAAGAUCAAACUGCACACUGAGACUUUGAACAUCGUCUUCCUGGUGUACUUCAGGAUCCUGAAGAAGGCCCAGAGAUCAGUUCUUCUGCCUGCGGUCCUGGAGGGGCUGGCCAAUUUUGCUCACCUGAUUAACCUGGAGUUCUUUGAUGACCUGCUGAAUGUGCUGCAGACCCUCAUCCAAUCAGGGGAUCUGCCCAAUCGGGAGAGUCUUCACUGCAUCCAGACAGUCUUCACCAUCCUGUCGGGACAAGGUGAUGCCCUGAACAUCGACCCGCUGACCUUCUACUCUCAGCUGUAUAAAAUUCUGCUGCGUCUCGAUUCAGGGGCUGACGAUGACAUCAUCAUUGUGCUGCGGUGCUUGGACGCCAUGUUGACUCGCCGCAGGAAGCACGUGACCCCUCAGAGGGCGAUGGCUUUCAUCAAACGACUGAGCACGCUCAGCGUGCACGUCCUGCCCAACGCCAGCGUGGGAAUCCUGGCCGCCAACAGAGCCACCAUGCACUCCUUCCCAAAGUGCGACUUCCUGUUGGACAACGAAGUUCAGGGCAGCGGAUUCUACCUGCCAGAACUGGACGAACCAGAACACUGCAACGCUCAAAAUACUGCCCUGUGGGAGAUGCACACUCUGCAGAGACAUUACCACCCGGUGGUUCAGCGGUUUGCAGUCCACCUGAGCCACGGAGCUCCCAGUGAAGGUUCCAUGUCUCUGAGUGUGGAGCUGAGCCGCAGGUCACCACUGGAGCUUUUUGAAGAUUACAGUGUCAGAGACAUGACCUUUAACCCCCCUGUGUCCCCUCCCGGCUUCAAGAAGAAGGAGCGGUUUGUGGUGGGAGCAGAGCUGCUGGACGCUGAGCUGCAGAAACGAGCGGAGCGCAUCCUGGAGGCCGUCGUGGACAUCCAGGCAGAUUUUACAGCAACACACACACUCACAACACAACCCUGACACACAAACACACACUCACUUUGGUU